GGCGGGAUAACUGGAAAGCUGUCAUGGCGAGUUCGGCUGCUCCCUCGGUGCGACCGCCGAGGCCCAAGAAAGAGCCACAAGCGCUCGUCAUCCCCAAGAAUGCGGCAGAAGAGCAGAAGCUCAAGCUGGAGCGGCUCAUGAAGAACCCGGACAAAGCAGUUCCAAUUCCAGAAAAAAUGAGUGAAUGGGCACCCCGGCCACCCCCAGAAUUUGUUCGAGAUGUAAUGGGUUCAAGCGCUGGGGCUGGCAGUGGAGAGUUCCAUGUGUACAGGCAUCUGCGCCGGAGAGAGUACCAGCGGCAGGACUACAUGGAUGCCAUGGCUGAGAAGCAAAAAUUGGAUGCAGAGUUUCAGAAGAGACUGGAAAGGAAUAAAAUUGCUGCAGAGGAGCAGACAGCAAAGCGUCGAAAAAAGCGCCAGAAGUUGAAAGAGAAGAAAUUAUUGGCAAAGAAGAUGAAACUUGAACAGAAGAAACAGAAAGAAGGGUCCAGUCUGUCCCAGGAGCAGCCAUCCAGUAGCUCUGAGGAAGCGUCUGGAACAGAGGAGGAGGAGGAAGAGCAGCCCAGCUUUAUCACGGGGCGGUGACAGCAUUUGCUCCGGUGACCCUCUGCAGCCUGGCCCGUGCUGUGACCAGGGCCUCAGGAAACUGUCCACACAACCUGAGGGAGAAGGAGUCUGUGUUUCAACUCAGUUACCCCCUCCCCCCAGCACCUUGCUGGGAAGAAGCAAGUGGGAGCCCCUCCCGAUUGUUCCCAGCCCCGUCUGUCAGCAGGACUCUGAGCCUGUGGGGCAGAGAGGACCGUCUCUUGGACACUUGGGGCCCUGCCAAGCAGAGUGCAUCCAUGUUCCUGCUGAUGGGGGACACGUAAUACCUUCUUCCCCUGGUCCCUGUUCUGAUACUUGGACAGUGAUGAGUUUAAGCUGGUUUCUCUGAAAGAAAAGUUUAGUAAAGAACAGAAACAUUUUAGGUUUUGUUCAGACCUGUGAAGUGUUCUUCAGAGGCUGUAGGGAAGGCUGGGAAAUAGUGUGACAGCGAUGGUCCUGUAACAUGGAGCUGUUUUCCAGGCUGAAGGAAGUGGCCUUGGCUCUGGGGCCAGCAACGCACCACAGGGUGCUUGACCUCCGUUUCCCUCAGCUCAGGGGCAGACCGUACCCUGUAAUACAUGCUGCUGCCUGGCUGCCCCCCCAUCACAGUGUGGAUCGGGAAGCCCCACGCUUGUGCAAAGGGAGAUGUGAGGCUUAACCCAGGGCCGAGCCUUGGGAAGGGCGACUUGGUUUCUAAGAGGGCUUUGGGGAGAACAAUGAAAGACUAGAAAAAUAAGCAGGUUGAGAAUCCAGGCUGGGCUGAGCCAGAGCAGAGUAUGGGGAUCCCUAGCCCAACCAGAAAGUGGGGGGAAUUGGCCAAAACCUGCGUCUUCAUCCUGCGGGAAAGGAGGGCUAAGUAAAGUGGGAGGGGGCCAGGGGCAGCCUUUCAGGCCAGCAGGGGGGACAGAGAUGGUUUGAAUGAGAGCCUUUGCUCACUUUUUGGAUUCUUUAUCUCCAAUUCCAAGUUUCUAAGUAUAUUUUGUGCCUUUUACAGAGUUUGAUAGAAUUAAGCAUAUAGUGGUUUUGAGUGAAAAACUAAGAAGCAUUUGACUUGUUUUUCAUUUCUGCGGUAUGGAUCUUCCUGGCCCCGCCCUGAGCCAGGCGACAUCUGUGAUAACUUAUGUCCUUUAAGCAAUUCAGGCCACAGGAACUUUUCCUUCCUGGGAAGCUGAAAUGGAAAAUCAGCCCCAAUAAAUUAGCACGCCCUGCGGCUGUGUAUUUUGGAA